UCCGGUGCUGUAGCGCUAUAGUAACGGUCGCGCGUUGUGUUCGAACUUAGAAUACCGGGAGGAGAAGGAGAGUGUGGCAGUAAUCGGCCGUCUGCUACUCAGACCCAUCCCGUAUCCUUAUGUAACAGACGUAUUAGUUCACUCGAUAAUGGAUGCAUUAUCUGUGGUUACCCAUCUGAAGGACCUUUCUUCAGACCCGCUUAAUAGAACAAGCAUCGUGAAGGACAAGAGCUGCCUGGCUGGUCUAAUUCUCUUUCUGAGCCAUCAGGAAAUACGUGUUGUUGAGUGUGCUCUCAAGACAAUUGCUUAUCUAUGUGAAAACCCCUGUCACCAUGAAAUAAUGAGAAAUGAACUUGGCAUGAUGGUUAGCUUGGACAAUAUAAGAAACAGGCAUGAUAUUGCUGAUGAAAUCAGACAAGUUGCACGGAACAUUCAUUCGUCUUUGAAACCCCCUGUUAAUGUGUACACUCCAGAAUCAAACCUUAGGAAGACAAAACACCAAUUUUUCAUUAGUAGCUCAAUCAAGAGAGCAAAAACUAUAACUCUUCAUAUCCAUGGACUUGAUAAUGUGGAAAGGAAAAAUAUUCUUGAAGAGGCGCUACUAAGAGUGAAAGGUGUUAUCAGCUUUACUUUUCAAAUAGCUAUGAAGAGAUGCACUAUACGAGUAAAAUCCGAUCUUACAACAGAGUCAUUGGCAUCAGUAAUUGCUGAAACAAGAGUGUUGCAAGCACAGCAAGUGAUAAAGAAUGAAUCAGGCAAUGAGAUUUAUGUGCCUCUCCCAAAGACAGAUUUACCUGUGGAAAAGAACUCCUGCUUACCAGACUAUUUGCCAGAAGAGGAGAGUCCACAGAAAGAUGUAGAAAAGGCUAUUACAUGUCCUGGAUUGAAGGAAUCCAGUGGUGGAAGCUGGAUUAACACUGCAGCAAAUUUCCUCACUAAAACCUUUUACUGGUGACAUGAAUAUCCAUACUUGGCACUUGUAAAUACACCACUGGUCCCAUAACCAUAGAGUACCCUAUACCAAACCUGUCCAUGCGUUUUUGUUUUGUCUCCUGUUUCAUUUUAUCUGUUUUACAUGUCAAUAAACACUAAACUCAAA